GUUACAACGCGCAUUGAUCCUUGGAUGUAGAGCGCGGCUACUGUGUUUUUUUGCGUUAUUCUCGCACUUAACUUACCUCCAAUCCAGACGGAAACCUGUCAGCAACUGAAUGCUAUAGCAUCAUAAUGGCAGGAGUAAAAUUUAUUAGAGUUUGCGAAGAUGAUAAUGAGAGUCCAAUUGAGGUACCGAUUGAAGAUGAUGGCACAGUACUUCUUGCCACACUAAAGUCCGUGUUUCCAAAGUCAACUGGUCUCAAGUAUUUAGCUCCUGAUUCAGGUUGCCUGAGAGGUGUAAGGCUUAAUGAUGGAAAACUCUAUGCCCCAUCAGAUGGAUGGGUGCAUGUUUAUCAGUGUGCAUUACCUAGAGAAAAUAAGCGAAAAGGUAUAGAAGAGAAAGAUACUUACAGUUCGAAGUUUAAAAAGCUGGAGGAGAAGAAGUGCACAGACCUAAUUGUUUUAAACUUGGCGUGGAAAACUGAUGAAUCCACACUAAAGGAGUAUUUCUCACGUUACGGUGACCUCGUAACAGUUCAGGUUAAAAGACAUCCAGAUUCCAAUUUGAGCAAAGGGUACGGAUUCAUUCGGUAUAGCGAUAUGGAAUCGCAAAUUAUGUGUCUGUCUGAACGACAUAGUAUAGAUGGACGCUUGUGUGACGUCAGAAUACCCAUCUCCAAGUUGGAAGGAGAUCGUCAAGAAGUAAGCCGAAAGGUACAUGUGGGUGGAAUUACUGAAUCCAUUACAGCCUCUGUGCUAAGAGAUUACUUUUCACAAUUUGGUGCAGUACUCGAUGUAUUUAUUCCCAAGCCUUUUCGUUCAUUUGCCUUCGUAUCAUUCGAAGAUCCUGAAGUUGCAGCGGAACUACUGGGAAAAGAUCAAGUUAUAGAAGGUGUUUGUGUGUCAAUCGGCUCUGCAGUCCCCAAAUUACACCCUCAGCAAAAUCGAAAUGGUCCUAUGUAUCCUAAUUCGCACUUUGGAAAUUCGCACAACCCUUGGGCCUGGCAAUACAACUCAGUAAUGAAUGGCCAUGGUUCACGUGAUUUCAACCCUGGUAUGUAUAAUUCCAUGCAAGGUUAUAAUAUGGCGUCUCAUUCACCAUUCGGAAACAAUUUUUCUUCAUAUCAGCGGCAAUACAACUCAUAUGCAAACAGAAUUAAUAUGUAGGGCUGUCGUUUGGGAGGUCUAAACAGAGGUUCUGUAUGUGCUGACACCCGUCAGUAAGAUUUACCUAUAAUCUCGGAGAAACUUAAUGAUAUUCAGCUCAUAAGUAAUCUAUAAUACCGGUUGCCAAAAGUAACUAAUAUCAUACUGUAUAAUCCUUAGUAUUUUGUUAACCUAUUUUCACCUACUCUUUCUUUGUUUCCUUGUCAGUAAAAUAAUAAAUAAAUGGUACUAUGUAAUUGCAUAUUAGUUCAGCAGUUGGGAUAAAAGUCACCUUUAGUCAAUGCUGUUAUUUUGUAUUAUAUUAAAGUAUCUUAUUGGUUUGUUGGCUAAAUAUUGUCGUCCACUGAGAAACAAAAGUUGAUUCAUUACACAAAAUAUGUUGUUUGUCAAUUGUUACAAUAAAAUGAAGUGUGAUUAUUAGCUUCUGUAUAAUAAAAAUUAAUUUAACUUUGUUCGUUUUAUCUAUACACUCUUUCCAAUUUAGCUUUGAACGUCUGUGUUUGUCU